AUGGGGCAGACAGCUUCCUCUAGUCAACCUCAACCUGACCUUGAAAACCAGCUGGAGAGCCCACCCGGUACGCCCCGUAAGAUUGACACAGCCGAGAAAUUCCAACACUAUUUUAGCCACGAGUUUCGAGAAGACUACCAACCACUUAUUGAGAGAUACGAGCUAAGAGAGGCCCUGGGUAUCAGCUUUGAGAUGGAUUCGGAUUGUUACGAAGGGCAAUUGUGUUGGGACAAGCAUGCGCUUGUCGACUCUCUCAAUGCUGCCGUUCCGGUCGAAUUGAAAACAGACCUCAAUUUUGCGAGUCCUCUUUUAUUAAAAACCAUGAUACGUCUCGGAUCCUUUCCAUUCCAUAAUAGGCAAACCUCUUCUACACUCGGCGCAGACGAGGCCUUGCUUGCCAUCACCUUCUUGCUACGUUGGCAUGAGGAUGCCACGGUAUUUUCGUUUGAGGAUGAAGAGGAUGACCCCGACGAAGUACAGCGACUCCGGGAUAGGUGGUUCCAUCGUCUUCUUUUCCAGGUUAUGUCUGACAAGCCAUAUUCAAAUUCACAGCAUAACGUACAGGAGCAGGACAAGAUUUUGGUCAGGGAUCCCGCAGAUGACGAACAUCUUAUCCAGACUCGCCAGGUCCUCGAAGAAAAUAAUUAUACACGCAACAGAAAGAGCCUUAAGCUCAGGGUUCAAUUACCGCCAGUGAUUGAAGUAUCGGAACUCCCUUCAUCAAGAUCCCGUGACCUGACCGGCUCGAUUCCUAGGGAUGAGUUCCGGGCACUUCUCAAAGUACUCUGUGGAAUAAGCAAAAACAGCUCGGUCGAUGUUGAUCAGCUCGUCGAGACGCAAGGUACAGAUUGGUCCGGGUUUGACGCAAUACUCACAAAGCUAGAGCCGCAAUUUUCUUCCGGGAUACGUCAAUUAUUCAAUCCUUUGAUUCAUUAUAGCGACUGGCUGCCACCACUAGAUACCGAGGACCAAGCCAUAAGGAAGCCGGACAUCUAG